UCCAUUUUCUCCCCCCAAAUCUUUCCCUCUUCCCUCCCUCCAUCUCCUCCCUCGACCCACCAACCGUCACCCACGAGCUUGCAACCGGCUCGUCCAUUUUCAGUUCUCUAGCCUAAAAGGCACCGUGCGUUUCUCCAUCCACAAUACAACAUGAUAAAUCAAAAGAAAAAGUGGAAUAAAAACUGAGAAGACCUUGCGGUGGCUGGGCUCGUUGGCAACAGUAGUUGGGCUGGGCUCGUCGUGCUAACAGUGAAUGGGUUGUCGGAGUUGUUGGAGUUGUACAGGAACGCAUGGUACCUUUUUUCCGGAGAUCUAGAGUCGUUGGAGAUGUAUGUACUGAUGGCAGUGGUCGACGGUGCUCAACUCGUGGGUGGCUGUCGGUGGGGUGGAGGGAGAAGAGAAAGAUUUGGGUCCAAAAUUUUUUUUGGGAGAAAUGGAUUGGCUUCUGUGUUGUGAUGGACGACACAGAGCUCUCAAAAAUUGAUUCUGAGGUGAAUCCUUGAUAGCAAAAGUCAUGCUUCUUCUGCGUCGAAUUAUUCCGUCCUUGGUCUCCAAAUCAGUCAAACAUUCUAGCAGCCUAUGUGUUCAUAUUCCUCAGUCAUUUGAAGCUAAAUUCAUCCAUAGUGACAUAAAAGCAGAAUGUGAUACAGUAGUCAAUUCCAUAUGUGGUUCCUUCAGGAGGGGCUGGAACUGGGACAGUCUGACUAAACAAUUUGAUUUUGUUCAAUUAAAUGAUUUGAUUGUUGAGAAAGUACUGCUAGAGUUAAAGGAACCAACUGAUGCAAAAAGGGCUCUGGCUUUUUUCCAUUGGUCAGCACGAAGGAAAAACUUCGAACAUGGUAUUCAGUCGUACUGUAUCACAAUUCAUAUUUUGGUUCGUGCCCGACUGCUUAUGGAUGCUCGAGCAUUGCUUGAAUCAAUUUUGAAGAGAAGUGUAGAGAAUUCUGUGAGUUUUUCAGUUGUGGAUUCUCUACUUAGCAGCUAUAAGAUUACUGCUUCGACUCCAUUUGUGUUUGAUUUGUUAAUACAGGCUUAUGCUAAACUAAGAAUGUUUGAGAUUUGCUUUGAUGUUUGUUGCUAUUUGGAAGAACAUGGGUUUUCUUUAAGCCUUGUAAGUUACAACACUUUGAUUCAUGUUGUUCAAAAAUCUGAUCAAGUUCCUUUAGUUUGGAAGAUUUACGAGCAUAUGCUUCAGAAAAGAACUUACCCAAAUGAAGUAACAAUCAGAACCAUGAUAGGUGCAUUGUGCAAGGAAGGGCAGUUGCAGAAAUAUGUCGACAUAUUGGAUCAGAUCCAUGGGAAGAGAUGUUAUCCUUCAGUGAUUGUUAAUAGCACUUUGAUCUUAAGGAUUUUAGAGGAGAGAAGAAUCGAAGAUGGUAUGGUAUUAUUAAAGAGAAUGUUGCAAAAGAAUAUGAUUCUUGACACAAUUGCUUAUUCACUAAUUGUUCUUGCUAAAAUAAAACUUGGGAAUUUGGAGUCAGCAUACGAGGUGUAUGAAGAAAUGCUUAAAAGAGGUUUCCAAGCAAAUCCUUUCAUCUACACGUUGUUUAUAGGAGCCCAUUGUAAAGAGGGCAGAAUAGAAGAGGCACAUUGCUUGAUGCAAGAGAUGGAGAAUAUGGAUUUGAAGCCAUAUGGCAAGUCUUUUGAUCUUCUCAUUGAGGGGUGUGCUAAAGCGGGAAAUUUGGAAGAAAGUGUAAGAUAUUGUGUGAAAAUGUUGGAAAGGAGACUUGUUCCUAGUUGUUGGGCGUUCAAUGAGAUGCUUGGAAAGCUCUGUGAGAAUGGGGAUGUGGAGCAGGCCAAUGCAAUAUUAACUAUUUUGUUAGAUAAAGGGUUCUUGCCUAAUGAGGUCACAUACUCUCAUCUGAUUGAAGGCUAUGGAAAAAAUGGUGUGAUUAAUGAAGUUCUCAAACUCUACUAUGAAGUUGAGUCCAGAUCACUGUCACCUGGAUUAUUGGUCUAUACAUCAUUGAUUAAGAGCCUUUGCCUCUGUGGGAAAAUAGAGGAAGCAGAAAAAUAUUUGAGAAUUAUGAAAGAACGUUCGCUAGUUCCAACUGUGUGCAUUUAUGACACAUUGAUUGCAAGCUACUCUAAUAGAGGUGAUAGAACAAAGGCUCUUCACCUUCAGAAUGAAAUGAUUUCGCAAGGACUACAGCCUAGUUGCUCAUAAUUUCCUGGUUAAAAUGCAGGGAACAUUGAAGACUAGCUUAUUUGAGUAGGCAAAGUUAGAGUCCACUCAAUAUGGAAGAGUGACUUGUGCUGACUCUAAACAACUUGCUCUGGCAAUUAACAAUUUUUACCACUGACCUCAAAUAAAAUCGCACCAGCUUAAGUUGGCCAUGCAAGUUGUACACGAGGAAAGGAUUGUACAUAAAAGGGAAAGUCGAUGGAAACAUGAAGGUUGGUUUUUGUUGUUCACGAUCGGGUUUGUACUGACCUCUAUAGAUGGCAAUCUGAGGUUUCAAACGGGAAUUGCAUGAUAAAGAGGAAGAUAACCAACCAGACCUGCAAACUUGAGUGUGCAUUUCUGCAUUUUCGCAGAGUGGACCAAGUGUAACUGAUUUCCUCAUUGUUUACCCCAUAACUUUCUUCACCUUUGUCUACCACUUUUUCUCUAUAUUUAUGUAUCUGCAUACUUAAAGUUGUGAUUAUUGGCUUUGUUUGCCUCUGAAAUGUAUGGUUUUCUAAGAAA